AUGCUUCUUCAAAUGGAAAGAGAUAUUCGCAUUCCGGAGACUCGUGUUCGAAUAGAUCUGCCAGAAGAAACUCACACAAUGCAGCCAUCGAAACGAGAUUCUAUUGAAGCAGAUGUUCGAAUUAGCAUAGACAAAUUCGGUUCCCUUAACAAAUUGACAACCGGAAUUCAAUAUUCCAGUCCCUACAGUACCUUCCCUGGUGCCCAAUCUAUUGCCAAUUCAGCUCCAAUUCUCUCCUGUCCACCUUCCAGAGUAUUAUCUUUAAGAGACAAAUCUCGCAGUUCAAAUUUUCUUCCAUCGAUGCCAUCUAUUAACGGAAUAUCAUCGCAUGUGCUCGAACCCGCCACCCAUGCUGAAAUUCAUGACACCGACUACUUAUCCAAGUCUGCUAUAACUACCCUUGACAGUGGGAAGGAGGCUCGCAUUGCUUUUAAUGAUACCGGCCAUGAUCGGACAUCCAGCCCAGAUGAGCUAACUUGCGACUCGGGAUUAGAUGAUCCGUCUCUGGCUGAGGAGGACAGACUAAGACUCCACGCCGCCUGUCUUGAAGGUCGACUUUCUGUCUAUGGACGUGAGGCGGAAACCUGGCUUCGAGAGCGUGCCGAACUCUCCACCGAAGCCGCCUCUCUGCGUAAGCGUCUUGAGGCUGCUAAAUCAACUCUUACUGAGGUAAAAACACAGUCAGAUCAGAGGGUGACCGAGGCCAUGAAUAAAUCACGUGAGGCGCAGGAAUCGUUGCGAUAUGUGCAAGAACAAUUGAGUAUCAAGUCCCGAGAAAAUGAGCAGCUCUCUGCAAACCUCACUGCCGCACAACAGGACUCUAUCUAUCUUAAAUCACAGCUCGCUGAUGUCCAGCAAAACAGCGUGGCGAAAGAUCAGGCCCUUGCUAGUUUGCGGGAAAAGAUGUCCGAGCUUUAUGCUGACAUGGAGUGCAUACGAAUGGCUCAUUCGCAGGCGCUUGAUAAUAAAACUGAUUUAAAUGCCGAGUUGGCUAGUUUGAGGCGUUCACAGGAGUGGUACAGGGAGCAACUACAGCUAACAGAGGCAGCACGCGAUCGGCUGAUGGAGCAGGUUAAUUCGAUGCGGAAGUGGUUGGAUCAGAGUGGAACGUCGGCACAACAGUUAGCGCAAGAAAAUGCUCGUCUAGAAACCAAGGUUAUGUCAGGUGAAGCUGCUUUGGCGGAGGCGAAGCGAAACCUUUCUCAUGAGUUGGAAGCCAUUCGAGCUGAUAUCUUGGAGAGGGAGGCCAUUUUUGAGAAGAUUGUGGCUGAGCGCGCUGAUCUAGAGACGUUGUGUCGACAGAAAAGCCAUCAAAUCACUGAAUGUCAAAAUCGCAUAUCUGCUUUGCAGUCUGAUUUGACUGAAACGGAAAUGGAGGUGUCGGAACUUCGUUCAUCGCUGGACAAUCUCAGACAUGCAUUGCAGUGUGUUGAGACAGAGAGGGACAAUCUGCGCGCAACUGUCAGUGGUCUAGAGACUCAAAUGAAUCAGCAGAGGGCCUUAAUGGACCAACAGCUGAUGCAGUACAAGGAUGUUUGUGCGAAACUAACUCGCCUUGAGGAUAGUAGCUAUGAGCAGGCGAGCAGUCUCAACAGAGCACUUGAAGAAAAGGCAACUCUAGAGAGCUCGUUGACUGCGAUUUACAAAGAGAAAGCCACUCUUGAUGCCUGUCUUAAUCAACUGAAGGAAGAUAUGUCUCGCGUUGAGUCAAACUUUUCCACUCUUCAGUGUGAACUUGAUUCGAAGAACUCCGAGCUCUCUAGUGUCCUUCUCAUUCGUGAUGAACUCUCAAAUGAUUUAGAAGUGCUACAGGCAACUAUCAAAGAAAAGGGAGAAAAAAUUAAGAUGUUAGAGAAUGAGCGUGAGCAGCUGCAGAAUACAUCUUUGUCGUUGCAAUCAGAGAAUGAGGGUUUAAAGGACGAUAUCAAACGUUUGGAAGCUUCCAUUGCUCCAGCCUGCGAAGAGGCAGCCAGUAAGGCUCGUGAGCCCCUCAUGACUACAAUAGAACAAAUGAAUUCUCAGUCGGAGGCUCUUCAAACCGAGCUCAAAGGUCUUCGUGAGCAGGUCGCAAGCCUUUUAAAUGAUCAGGAGCGUUAUUGCGUUCUAUUGACCACUCAUCAAUCACUGCAGCAUCAAUACGAUGCUCUGAAUUCCACUUACACUGCUUCAAUGGAAGAGGCUAAUGCCAAGCAGUCGGAACUGUGUCAACGUCUUCAGCAAAUCGAGGCUUCGUAUUCUCAAGCGUUGCUGACAAAAUCGUCUGAGAUAGAUUCACUCAGCAAUCAAUUAAGUGAAAAGGCCAACGAUGCCCUCUCACUGCGGUCAAAAAUCGCCUCAUUAAAGGUAAGUCAUCAAGAGUCGAUGGCUCAACAAGCGGCUGACUGGGUUCAGCAGCUAUCUAGUCUUGAGUCUCGUCUACACGCAGCAGAAUCCCAAAAGGUUGCGAUUGAGCAAAAAUUACAGGAGGCUUUGGAACGCGAGAGGAUCAUUAAUGCGAAUCAGCAAUCGGAGAUGAAGUCUCUCCGCGCUGAGAUGGCAAAAAUGGAGUCUCGCCUCUCCAAGUCAGAGGCUCUGGAAGCGAAGCAGCUUCAAUUGAUGCACGAGUUGGAGGUGGCUAAGGGACGUGAAUUGGGCCUUACAGACACCGUAGAAGACUUGAAACGUCACGCCGCCAGUCUUGAGACUACGUUGUCCCAACGCGAAGUGGAGAUUGUGGAACUAUCCGAGCGAAUGGAGAGGUCGUCGAUGGCACCAGCGGCGGUGGAGACAGAGGUUCCAAUUCAGCCCGUAUGUGUGCAGCCGGAAUUGGCCACAGCUCCAUUGCCGUGCUCCAACUGUCAGAUGCUUUCGGCAGAAGCUUCCAUGCACUUAGAAGCUAUGAAUCGGAUGCAGACAGAGCUGGCGAAAGUGCAGACGGCGCUAGAGUUGACAAGGCAGGAGCUGGCUGCGCAGUCUGCGAAAACAGCUAAUGAAGUUUUCGGCCGGCAGCAGGCCUGCGAAGCGCAGAGGCGGGCAGUGCAAGAGACGGAGCGGCUGAAACGUGAAUUAGCGGAGGCUCAGCAGCAGCUAUCAGAGACUAAACACAUUGCUGCUAUUGCACAAGCUAAUGUUGCUACUCUGACGACGCAUUUGAAUUCUAACGACAGGUCGACUUCAUCCGAGGUUCAUGCACUGCGGGAGGCCAUGCAAGUUAGUGCCUUUUAUUCACAUUUAAUCAUACAUCCUUAUUCCCGUCCGGCAUUUGUUUUCGUUUAA